AUGAACGUUACCUGUGACACAGAUAAUGGAAUGCGUCAGAGCCAGCGCCAGCACCCUGAUUUCGGUGACCAAACCACUGAGAUACUAAGUGUUUUCUUGAAUGAUCAGUUUAAGAGAGAUUCAAUCCGGGGUGCUCCUAAACUGGAUGGGCAUGUAGGCUCUCUCUCACCUGAACAGAUAGAGCAGUGCAGGGAAGUGGCAUCCUACCUGAGAAAAAUUUGGGACACCGUGAAUCAGGACCUGGACGUGAGGUUUAAGAGGUUUAUAGAUUCAGUAACCCCAGAUGAACCCAUGAAGGCUAUCAUUGCUGUAGCUAAAGAGGCAUUCGAUGAAAGUGGGAUAAACUGGGGACGGAUUAUCACCCUGUUCUACUUUGCCUACAAGAUAUGUGUCAAGGUCUUGAAGUAUCUGCCGGAUGUUCCCAGCUGGGUCAAUCAGCUCAUCAAAGAAAUAGUCACGUUACUGGUCACCAAGGCUGCUGACUGGAUUAUCAACCAGGGAGGCUGGGCCAUUCCUUCGGUGUCCACGGUGGAUGUGUUCAACAUCUCGUAUGGAGAUCAUAUACAAGUGGUUCUCUUGCACUUGAUCGUUGCCAACUGUUGCGGUGCUUAA